ACGUGCGUGACGUCACUUGACCUUUAUACUGCACGUAAAGUUGUAUGAACGGGGCUACGUUAGCCGUGACAGGGCUCUCUGACAUUCUGUUCCAUCACAAGACAGCUACAGAGAAGAGUUUCUGUCACCCAGAACAAGGAAGAGUUCCGUUUCCUUACAAGUUGUAAGCCAUCUGCACGCGGUAUUUGUCUCGGGCAAACAACAAGAACAUGAACUACAUGUAGUACAACCGUUCCAUUGAGCCCCCCUCCCCCAGUUCGUCAUGACAGAGCAGAGUCCAAAUCUUUUAUUUCGUCUCGCUUCACACGAUGACUACGACGCCGUAAUGCGCAUGUCUAAGGACAUCUAUAGCGACACCGACUACCUGCCGGAGUUCUUUCACUCCUUCAUUGAUGAUCCUGACACCACGGUUUUCCUGGCGGUGGCGGGAACACAAGUGGUAGGCCUCCUAGUGGCAACAAUCACGGAGGAAGGAAAGGCCUUCAUCAGUACGUCAGCGAGAGUUGCUCCUGCCUGGAGAGGGAAGCGCGUCAUCGGGAAGUUGGAGCAGUAUCAAGACGCCUGGAUCCGACAGAACCGUCCGACAGCCAGGUAUAAACGAGCCACGGCAUCCACUGCUAGCGUCUUUACAAGGAGACAUAUAAAAGGCAUGCCAGAAGUUUUCUGCAUGCCCUACGUAGAAUACAAGGGCGGAGCCAACCUGUGGUGGCGACAGAACCCCGCUAAGCUGGCUCAACUGGACACGACCGGCUUACCGGACGUCGUGCCUCUACAGACCGCAGACGACGACUUCUGCGCGGCUGUACAGAAAUGGCUUCCCGAGGGAGCUUGCGGUAGUCACGACGGCAAACCCAUCAUACUGGUAGACUGGGACCCGUUCAGCCUGUGCCCCGCCAAUUUGAAGAUUCUACAAGCACAGAAUAAUAUUUACAUGUUAAACUACAAGGGAGAAGCUAGUCUGAGUCUUUCCAACUCGUAUCCAACCGCUGCAGUGAGGAUGAUGUCCGUUACAAUCUACGCUAUGGACGACUUAACCGUCCAAAAACACCUACAGAAACACCUAGAGGACGUAAGCCGUAGCUACAAAAACGAAGACAUACAACUGAGCGUAUUUGUCGGUCUUGCUGAGCUGGAGGAUUCAAUCCACCAGUUUUGUAGGGAAGCUUUACAGAUGAAAAAUCUGCUGGACAGGAAGAGUGAAGUUAUCAUGACUGAAAGUGACAUAUUAUCCAGCCACCUGUGAGAGGCCUCAAGGCCGGUGGAUAUCAAUCGUAUGAUUGACAUCCUUUGGGAAACCCAAAAAUUAUACAAACGUGUGAAAAAAAGGUUCUUAAAAAUCUGCCGUUCAUUGUGUGAUCUUGGUGGUCAGGAAGGGUGAACAAAUGAUAUAAUACACAGAGCACGGUAAACCGCCCAGUGUAUUCUCAAUUUUUGUUCUUUGACUUUGGAAUUUUUUUCUUCAAUAUUCUCGGGCAUACGUGUUCUCUUUUUGUAUGUUUUGCAUUCUCGAAGCAGAGGUUGGGUCACGGAGAUAGUGGUAGUGGUAGGGAUUCCCUCAACAGAGCUUUAAGCCUAGUAAAAAUCUCAAGCCCACCCACUACUGUCUCUGUGACCCAACCCCUGCAUGGAGAAUAACUUCGCAUGCUUUGUAGAGAGUAUGGUCGAAAACUUUAUUCUAACGUUCAAAACUUGAUGAGCACACGGAUGCAAUUUUUUUGACCGAAUGAACAUGACAUAAACAGCAGACUAUGUCCGCCCGUCAUACCUAUUACAACGUUAAGUGGAACAUUUAAUUGAACACAAAGCGAGUAAUUAGUUUGAGUUAUCUCUGCAGGCUUUAUCAGUAUGACUGACCCAUGCUUUCAUACGCGUGAUCUAGUUUCAGAUUUGAGUUAAUCAUGUGUUUUCAAUGAGAACUGUAAAUGUGUAUUGUAUGUGUUGUCACCCAAUAUCAGCGACGCUGCCUGGGUUGUUUGCCGUGUAUUGCGUUUUCUGCAUUCUCAAUAAAUGAAUAAAUAAAUCUCUGCAGCCUU